AAAUAAUUAUUUUGUAAAAUAUGAGCAAACAAAGUAAUCAUUUUGAUGAAAUUAAUGGAACUCUUGCAAAGUUAAGAAGACUGAAGAUACAAGAAAAUGUAUUGAAUACAUCAAUUAAUAAAUCACUAUCUACGUUGGGAUUGGACGAUGAGAAUUUUACAAGUUUUAAAGCUAUGAAUGAAUUUAAAAAGUACGAAUCGUCAUUACAAAACACUUUAAUCGAAAUUAAAAAUUUGUUAGAGGAUGUUAAAAUAGCCACAGACACUCGAGGAGACAUCGAAAAGCUCGACAUCGACGAAGUUAAAAGAGAUGUUUUAGGAUUGGAAGAGAAGUUGAGAACGUUUAAAUCAUUUUUACGAAGUGAACUAAAUUCAUUGAAAAUUAGUGCGAAUGAAAUUCAACAAGAGUUAUUGAACAAUCAAAAUGAAAAAAAGAUUUUAAAAAAGACAGUAUUGAAAUCCUCUGCAAAGAAAUUUAACGAAAUCAUACCGAGUCCUGUCAGAAUUCUAAGAAAUUCUCCGUUCAAGUGUCCGGAAGUGCACAGAUUUCAAGAAUUCGUAUCAAGUACCAAACGUUACAACGGUUGGAACGAAUACCAUCAUAAUAUUUUUGUACAAAUAUGGAAUAAAUAUUUUAACUCUCGGAAUGGGGAAGAUCUUUCACAAUACGAUGGCACUGAAAUUGAUCAGUUUCAUCAAUUCCAGGACGAAGUCUUGGCAAAGAUUUCAGGAAUAACUUCUGUUGAUAUAAAAUCGCAUUAUAAAUGGUAUUCUCAAUACGUUCAUUUAAAAAAUAAACAACAAGAAGCUCUAGAAAAAUGGAAAGAGAACAAACAGAAAAUAAGGAAACCAGGACAAGAGGCAAAACAAGUUUCACGGUCAAACAGGUCAUCGGAGUCAUCUAAUAUUGAUAAAAUAUUCUCGAUUAAACAAACAUUUAAAGACGACUCCAAAAAUAUAGAUGAUUCAAAUAAAGAGUCCUAUGGUAAAAGCAAAACAUCUUUGGAAUCACCAACAAACUAUAAAAAAGGAAAUAAUUACAAAGGAUUUUCACGAAUAUUAAAAUCAACCGAACAAUGGAGAAAUAAAUGCCAGGGAGAAAGGGACAAAUCUCAGUUAUUUUAUGCUCCAACAAUAGUUAAAAGACAAUUAGGAAUUCCUACUUGGCGUUUGGGACUACAAGAUAUAUAAGAACUUUUGACGAGUUUAAUUUCCCUUUGGGUUUGUCAUCGCAAUUAUCAAGUUGCGACGUUCAAUCACGAUUCAACGGUAUGGAGAUUUUUAUUCUGCCUUAUAACCGCCGC